AUGAGCAAAGAACGUCGGCAGUGCGUUGUAUGCGAAGAUUUUGGUGCUUCAAAACACUACGGCCGUAAUUGCUGCAGGUGAGUCAUCUUCAGGUUAUUUACUCUAUCAUUUCCUUUAUAAUUUCACCACCGUUUGGUACUUUGACUAGUUGAGCUCUUGACCUGUUAUUACCCUUGUUUUGCAGCGGUUGUAAAGGCUUCUUCCGUCGAUCCAUUCGCUUCCGACGACAGUAUGUGUGUGCGUUCGAGAGUCGCUGCAACAUUAAAAAUGGUGAGUUCAGGUUCUUAGAGGCGGAAAUUACUGUUGCCAGGUUGAGCAAUUAAGGAUACGGCAGUAGAUAAAAGGGCAAAGGUAAUGAACUUGAGAGGGGAAUAGAAAACGCAGACAUAAGAAGCGGCAGCCUAAUUUUAAUUUCAGAUGCCCGAAACUCUUGCCGUGCCUGUCGGUUGCGAAUCUGCCUUGAAAAGGGACUUCAGCCAGUCUGUAAGUCAACUUAUGGCCUUUAUGUCCUCUUUGUUUCUAACUUUUUAUUUACUUUGUUCGUUGGACUCGCUAAUAUUCACUUUUCGACCCAAAAUUAACCUAUUUUUUCAGUGGUACACAGCGACCGUGCAGGCGACGCAGACGCCGUGCGAUUCCAACGGGGUCCCCAGAAGAAAACCUUAUCCGUCCCAGAAGACCGUCUUCCCCUCGUGGCCACGAAAUCGGAGGAAGACGACGAUCAGCCCGACCUCCAAGCCCUCGAUGUUUUUCGAUCCAAAAGUUCGACGGAAAUCGCAAUCCGCGAAAAAGCCCAGUUUGACUGCAACAUUUUGCUGGCCUCCACAUACCACCUCUGCCAACCAUCGCAUCUCCCAUUGGGCGUCAAAAAAAUGAUCCCGCUUUUCGACCACAAAGCGCCGCCCUCGGUGCUGAAAUACCUGUUCAUGGUGGACCAUUUUAUCGAUGCUUAUUGUGAAUCCACUGCCCCACUCCUGUCGCAAGAAGUCUCGCAUAAUCUGGAGCUCAACAUCGAGGAGGCCUUUCUGACAGCGGGCGGGAAACUGGUCGAAAGAACGCUGCUUUUGUAUGAACCACACUAUUUUUGCAAAGCCGAGCACUUUGGUAAAAUAUGGUGCAGAACGGCGUUGCACUACAUCGACUGGGUUUCGCAUUUGCCGGAAUUGCAUGAAUUGUCUGUGGAUGACCGUUUGCGAAUGAUAGUGGGGAGAUGCGUCCCCCUUUUGUAUCAUAUGAUAGCUUAUAGAGCAAGAGGGCUGGGAAAAAGAUGCGUACCUUUAAGCAGUGGAGCCUAUGUGCCAUUGGAAGCAGAGGAUCUGGCAAAAUAUGACGAUCAGUAGUAAGUUUAUUCAAGCCUGAUAUUUUCGACAAACUACGUUUCCUUUUUGACGUAGACUUCGAUUAUCGCUUAUAUGUUACGGAGCCUUCCGUUGAAAAUACGGCGUUUUUUAUCUUUUUCUUCUUCAGCAUCUCACCAGCCUAUCAAGAAAUAGGAACACUGAUUUGGGAACACUUUCUGGACUUGGCAGCAGAACUCAAAGCAACUGACUCUGAACUUCAGCUUCUCCGAGUGAUCGCCUUUUUUACCAUGGUCCCCGGCCUUUCUAAAGAAGGGGGACGAACCGUCCGACGAACUCAGUCCUUCUAUUGUCACAUAUUACAAGAUGUGAUUCGAUUGCAUAACCCGGAAAUGACAGAGAGAGAAGUCACGAAGAGGAUCUCAGCCCUGCUUUGUUUGGUGCCCAAUUUGGAAGUGAGUCAUUUUUUAUUAUUUCCUUACUUCAAACGCUUGCUUUACAAACUUAAUGAUCAUUUACGUUCAGAUUACUUCACAAAUCGAGGAUAAUCAUUUCACUGUGAUGACCAUGUUCGACGUGGGAAGUUUGAAAUCAAAUUUGAUGACAGAAUUCUACGUACAACGCAAGAUGAGAGCGUAA